GAUCUGGCCCUCUGCCCUGCGAAGAUGGCUGCCGUACGCCGGGCCCGCAGUUACUGCCGCUGCCUGGUGCGCUUCUCCGACCGAGAACUCUGCUAAGCCCCGCUGCAGCAGACGGCAGGAGUAGACACCGGGCUCCCAGCGCAGCUCCUCGCGGGGGCGGUGCCGAGGGGGCACCGAGAGCCCCUCGGCCGCGGCCGGCCGGCCCGCCAGCAUGGCAGAAGCUGAGGAAGAUUGUCAUUCUGACAACGCUGUCAGGGCAGGAGAUGAUGGUGAAAACGAAAGCCCUGCUGAGACAGAUUUGCAGGCACAACUCCAGAGGUUCCGGGCUCAGUGGAUGUUUGAACUUGCCCCAGGUGGAAGCUCGAGCAGUUUAGAACCUCGACCUUACAGAGCAAUGAGAGGCUCUUCACUGAGAGCAGCGGACAUCAAGGGAAAGCAGGAGCUGGCGAAAGAAGAAAAGGCUCGAGAACUCUUCCUAAAAGCAGUAGAAGAAGAACAAAAUGGAGCUCUCUAUGAAGCCAUCAAGUUUUAUCGUAGGGCUAUGCAACUUGUACCUGAUAUAGAGUUCAAGAUUACUUAUACCCGGUCUCCAGAUGGUGAUGGCGUUGGAAACAGCUACGUUGAAGAUACUGAUGACGACAGCAAGAUGGCAGAUCUCCUGUCCUGCUUCCAGCAGCAGCUCAUGUUUCAGGAGUCUGCACUCAAACUGUGUCAGCCUGAACUCGAGAGCAGUCAGACUCACAUAUCAGCACUGCCGAUGGAGGUCCUGAUGUACAUCUUCCGAUGGGUGGUGUCGAGCGACCUGGACCUCAGAUCAUUGGAGCAGUUGUCACAGGUGUGCAGAGGAUUCUAUAUCUGUGCCAGAGACCCUGAAAUAUGGCGUUUGGCCUGCUUGAAAGUUUGGGGCAGAAGCUGUAUUAAACUUGUUCCAUACACAUCAUGGAGAGAGAUGUUUUUAGAAAGGCCCCGUGUUCGGUUUGAUGGUGUGUAUAUCAGUAAAACCACAUAUAUUCGUCAAGGGGAACAGUCUCUUGAUGGUUUCUAUAGAGCCUGGCACCAAGUGGAAUAUUACAGGUACAUACGGUUCUUCCCGGACGGCCACGUGAUGAUGCUGACCACCCCUGAGGAGCCCCAGUCGAUCGUGCCGCGUUUGAGAACCAGGAAUACCAGAACUGAUGCAAUUCUACUGGGUCAUUAUCGCUUGUCACAAGAUACAGACAAUCAGACCAAAGUAUUUGCUGUAAUAACUAAGAAAAAAGAAGAAAAACCACUUGACUAUAAGUACAGAUAUUUUCGCCGUGUCCCUGUACAAGAAGCCGAUCAGAAUUUUCACGUGGGGCUGCAGCUGUGUUCCAAUGGCCACCAAAGGUUCAACAAACUCAUCUGGAUACAUCACUCUUGUCAUAUUACUUACAAAUCAACUGGAGAGACUGCGGUCACAGCUUUCGAGAUCGACAAGAUGUACACGCCCCUGCUGUUCGCCAGGGUGAGGAGCUACACUGCCUUCUCAGAGAGGCCACUGUAGCCCUCACGUCCGCCCUUGCUACAAUGCAUGAAUAAAAGUAUAUAGAGAAACAGAGCACCUAAGUUAUAAAUGUACAUAUAUUAUAUAUAUAUGGAAUUGGAACUUAUUUUACAUUGUUGGAAUUCUUUCAAGAAGAGUAUAAAUUGAUUAUUUUUUUUAUUUAAAGGGAGAGUUGAUUCUUGGGGUGUUUGUUUUGAAAUUAAGUUGAAGUUAUUAUAAGUUUCAGUACAUUUAUGUUGUGAAAAACCAUAUAAGGUUUAAAUCAUGCCCUUUUUCAAGCAGAUUUCUGAGCAGACUCUGUCCCAUAAGGUCGUCUUCUGACUCAUCAGCCCAGUAUUUAAAUGCAUCAGGGGAGCACCCCAUGGGAUCAGCACUUAUUUCACGCAUGACAUAGUGUCUUUUCACUAAAGGCUCAAAAUGUGGACACCUGUUCUGGAUUUGUUUGAAACUGUUCAACCAAUAAAGAUCAUAAAUAAGUGUUUCAAGGA